CGGAUGAGUCGCUGCGCGUGGCCGCUGCUGCGGCGGCUCCCGGCGCGCGCGGGGCUCGCGCUCCGGCAUGGCGGCGGAACCCCCCGCGCGCGCCCCGCCGCCUCCCCAUCCUCGUUCCCAUCGUCGUUCCCAUCAUCGUUCCCAUCAUCGUUCCCAUCAUCGUCCUCAUCGUCGUCCUCCAACGGCGACGGCGGCGCCUCCCGUGCCCUCGACACCUCGCUCUUCGUGCCCGUGCCUCUGAAGCCUGGCCUUGGCGGCGCGGCCUCGGAAGAUGUGGGCGCCGAGCUGACGCGGCCCCUCGACAAGGGUGAAGUACUAAAAAACUUAAACAAGUUCUACAAAAGAAAAGAAAUUCAAAGACUAGGAGCAGAAAAUGGAUUAGAUGCUCGUCUCUUUCACCAAGCAUUUAUAAGCUUUAGGAAGUAUAUCAUGGAAUCCAGUUCUGUGAGUGCUGAUUUGCAUAUUAUUCUCAAUGAUAUAUGCUGUGGUGCAGGUCACGUGGAUGAUCUGUUUCCGUUUUUCCUGAGGCAUGCAAAGCAGAUCUUUCCAAUGCUGGACUGCAUGGAUGAUCUGCGCAAGAUCAGCGAUUUGAGGCUGCCGCCCAACUGGUAUCCAGAUGCCAGGGCUAUUCAGAGAAAGAUAAUAUUCCAUGCUGGUCCUACAAACAGUGGAAAAACGUACCAUGCUAUCCAGAGAUUUUUGUCAGCCAAAUCUGGAAUAUACUGUGGUCCGCUAAAACUUCUGGCUCAUGAGAUCUUCCAAAAGAGUAAUGAUGCUAAUGUGCCGUGUGACCUGGUGACGGGAGAAGAGCGUGUGUAUGCCAAUGAAGAUGCCAGACAAGCUCCUCAUAUUGCUUGUACCAUUGAAAUGUGCAGCACUAAUACACCUUAUGAAGUUGCUGUGAUUGAUGAAAUUCAGAUGAUCAGAGAUCCUGCCAGAGGCUGGGCUUGGACAAGAGCUCUUCUAGGCCUCUGUGCAGAAGAAAUCCAUGUUUGUGGAGAACCUGCUGCUGUUGACUUGGUGACAGAACUCAUGUACACUACAGGGGAGGAAGUUGAAGUCCGAAACUACAAGAGACUGACUCCUCUGACGGUGCUGGAUAAUGCCUUAGAGUCCUUGGAUAACCUCCGUCCUGGGGACUGCAUUGUCUGUUUCAGUAAGAAUGACAUUUACUCUGUCAGCCGACAGAUUGAAGCCAGAGGAUUAGAAUGUGCUGUCAUAUACGGCAGUCUGCCACCAGGAACAAAGCUUGAACAGGCCAAGAAAUUCAACGAUCCUGAUGAUCCAUGCAAAAUUUUAGUUGCUACAGAUGCAAUUGGAAUGGGACUCAAUUUGUGUAUACGAAGAAUAAUUUUUAACUCUAUAGUAAAGCCAACUGUCAAUGAGAAGGGAGAGAAGGAAAUAGACUCCAUUACCACCUCCCAGGCUCUCCAAAUAGCAGGCAGAGCUGGGCGUUUCGGCUCCUCCUUCAAACAGGGAGAAGUCACCACAAUGCAUCGCGAUGACCUCAUGCAGCUGAAGGAAAUUCUGAGUGAGGCUGUGCCCCCUGUGAAGGCAGCUGGCCUACAUCCUACUCCUGAGCAGAUAGAAAUGUUUGCUUACCAUCUUCCUGAUGCCACUCUAUCCAACUUAAUUGAUAUUUUUGUGAGCCUUUCACAAGUCGAUGGGAUGUACUUCGUCUGCAAUAUUGAUGACUUUAAAUUUCUAGCAGAUAUGAUUCAGCACAUUCCACUAAAUCUGCGAUCACGAUAUGUCUUCUGCACUGCACCCUUGAACAGAAAAGAGCCUUUUGUUUGUACUACUUUGUUGAAGUUUGCACGACAGUUCAGUAGAAAUGAGCCUCUGACAUUUGACUGGCUGUGCCGGCACACCAAGUGGCCCUUAGCUGCUCCAAGAAACAUCAAAGAACUUGUACACCUUGAAGCUGUGCAUGAUGUUUUUGACCUCUAUCUGUGGUUAAGUUACCGCUUCAUGGAUAUGUUCCCUGACGCUGCCCUUGUAAGAGAUAUUCAGAAAAAACUAGAUGACAUUAUACAAAUUGGUGUGUGCAACAUCACAAAGCUGAUCCGAGCAACCCAGUCUGCAGCUGCACCUGGUACAGCUGAAGUUGUGUCCGAAGACUUCCCUCUGUCAAGGACUAAGAAGGAUGGCAGGGUGGUUUCAGAUCGUCAAGGUGCAGCCUCCCCAGAGGCGCUGUCCGUGUCAGUGGAGGCUGCAGGACUAAGAAGAGCGAAGAAUUUGCGACCUCGGCCUGGUAGCCGGCGGGAGGAUCUGAAAAGCUAUGGACGUGGAUCCCUUGCCAACAGAUUGCUGCAGGAAGGGCUUCUGACACAGGAAAUGCUGAAACAGCUGGAGAGUGAGUGGCAGGAUCAGCACAGGAAUGGUAGAUCUGGCUUUGGUUCAAAAAGAGGUGAUCAGCAUAGUUCAAAGGAAGUGGGGAAAAAGAGAAAAUAGAACCAUGUCGUAAUUGUGUUUAGUUUUUAUUCAUAAAAUAAAAUACUAUUUUAAUAAUCUCUUUGGCAUCUCAUGUCUACACUGCUGCAGCUCCUUGAUGUUUUUUCUUCUGUGACCAAUAAUGUGAAGCACCCAGAGAAAUGGACUCUUAAAAGUUCAGAGGCCAUUAGUUUGCUUUUACCACUCAGCUGUACACUUUUAAUCAUAGUGUUCAGCAUAAGUGUAUGAUCUAUUGCUAUGUGAAAAUUUGAACAUGGUGUCUUCUUGCAGGAUAUCCUCUCAUCAUCAAUAAACAUUAGAUACUUCACUAGUAA